UUCAUUUUGUCCCUAGUUUUGAUAUACCAGAGCGGAAUUCUUGCCAGUUUUUCUGUUGGUUCCUUUCUGUUCAUUUCUUGUUGUCUGAUUCGAUAUGACCAUUUCCUUCGAUUACCAUGACGGAGAAAUCGUUUCUUCCCCCACGGUUAUCGUGAGUGGAGUCACAUCUACGUCGCUUAGACUGGGAACGAUUACGUUCACCAACAACGAUAACGCUGUAUUUCCUCCUCAAACUUUUGAGGUGAAUUCGGGCCAUUUUAAGGCUAUAGUACAUGUUCUGCCCAAUGAAGAGAACAAGUUUUCUGUAGAAGUUGCUGAAAACGGCCGGAUCAACAACUUUGGCUUUGUAGAAUACCACGGGAAUCAACCUCGAAUUGUGGAUAAGGGAACUUUGCUGCUCCUAUUCUAUCCGCUACCACAAAACAAGCCGGUUCAUUUGUGUGUGGUUGUGGGAAAAGACUCUGAUGGCAGUUUCGAUAUGCCCCACUAUCGUUUGCAACGAGGGGAAGUGGGCAACCUCGAGACCGCGAUCAAGAAGUUGAAAGUGGCCGGUCGCUUGAUGCAAGCCUAUACUCAAGACGAAAUGAGAACUAUGGGCCUCAGCAACCGUUCGUUUCAGUUCGUAGAAGAAUCGCAGACUUUCCAGGGGAUCUUUGGCUACAACGUGCAGUCGCCAAAAGGACAUCAGGAAGUCAAAGUCCAUGUGUUACGUUCACCCAAAACAGUAGCGCAAUUGCGAGACCCUAAUCUUGCUCAGCAGAAUCCCAAUGCUUCUGAUAGUGGGGGCUUGUUCAGCCAUGCUAUUGAGUUGAUCAAGAACACACCUGAUAUAUACAAUAGGAACUCCAACACGGCGGUCCAGUGUGCGGUUAUGUACUUGGAUUCAACUUGGGACAAGCGUAACAACUUGAUUCUCACACAUGCAGCACUUGGUGGGGGCACAGGAGAAGUUAAAUUGGCCAUCUUUGGCUCCCAUGGCUUACACUCCUGGCCCUUAAAUUUUCCCCAGGUAACUCCAAGCUUCUUGGAUGGUACCCAUCUAUCCACCAAUGAAGUAGCUAAUGAUUGUAACGAAUGUGGAACUAGCUGGGAAUGUAUGAACAUUACCAUGGGUGCGUUUAUGCACGAGAUUGGCCAUCUGUUUGGAUGUCCUCACCAAGUUGAUGGAGUCAUGUUGCGUGACUACGUAUGGUGGAAUCGUUCAUUCAUGACCAGGGAAGUUGAGUGUCUAAGACGAAAGACCAGCGGAGCAUCUGUAGCAGCAAACGGUACAUGGCCAAAGGUUUGUCAUUGGAAUCGUUUGGAUAUAAUCCGGUUUCUUCACCAUGACUCUUUUAGUAUACCUGUAGAUAAGUUUGACAAGUCUUACGAGACCACCAAGACACCAAACGAUAAGGACCAACAGAAGUCAGGUUUAAGCGAGUACUUUAUUCCCAACAAAGGAGCCGUUAUUAAGUCUAAUGCUGGUAUCUACAUGGUAGAGUUCAUUACCAAGGACUUAGCUCGGUACCACAAGGCAUGGUUUCCCCAGGCUUACGGUGGUCCUGGUUUUCAGUACGAGGUUGUUUUGGACUACACCCCUGUCUAUGAGGAAUUCAAACGAAACAGCAAAGAUGCCAAAGAAGACUUCGACGUUAGAGUUCUUUCUGUAGGAGGCGAAAUCACCAUCAAGAACCUCAAGCAACGUUGUAGUGAAGAAGGCAAGAAUGUUAUAAAGAGUGACUUUGGCUUGAACAGAGGUGUUCUCAAAGGCUAUAAGAGUACGCAACUAGGAAGAGCUAACAGUGCACCCACCUUCGUGGGUUUUGAUAUCAGAUCUAUCUACAAGGUUCGUGUCUUCCAUGGCAGUGCCUUGGAUGGAGUCAAGAUCUUUUAUACCAGUGGAUCUGGAACCACUACACUGGCCGAAGCGCCACCUCCUGUUCCUGCCAGAAAUUAUCUUUCUCGUAUCAAAAACUCUGUGGUAAGUACAGCAUCUCCAAGAGCUCCAAGUGGAAGACAAGAGAAUGUUGCAUUCAUCGGCAAAGAAACAGGAAAUUACUCUGACUUCACGUUGAAUGCUGGUGAAACAAUUACAAAAUUCAACUUCCGUAACGGUGCCUGGAUCGAUGCCAUCCAGUUUGUUACUAGCUCUGGAAGGGUUUCCCAGAUGUACGGAAAUGCUACUGGUGGCCAUUUCUCAUCACUAGAAGCACCUGAUUCCCAGUUCACAAUUGUAGGAAUGUAUGGAUAUGUGGGCAGAUGGAUGGAUGGCAUUGGUAUCAUCUACACAAAUGAGAUCUAGUAAAAUUCGUUACAGUCAUUAUACAAAUAAAAGAUAGCUGCU